UUUUCCGUCAUGAUAGGUACUCAGUAAAAUUUUGUUUACUUAAAAAAUUGAUUUAAAAAUUGUCUGCAAAAAAUAAUGUUUGAAAAUCAGAUUCUUUCAAACUUGGCGGUGCGAGUGCGGACCCAAGCCCCUUCCACAUAAUGGCCAUUGCAGUGCGACUAGUGGAAGCUCUGACCCUGGUCACCAUACUGGGGCUUAUUAUCUGUCUGAGCCUGACCGUGAUCCUCGCCGAGCUCAUCAGUUUGAUCAUGACGUUUCUUGAGCCAGCUGCGAAUAUAGCACAGUUUGGGCUGCAUGUUAUUGAGAAAAUUCUGGUGUAUGGCCUGCUCAGCAUAUUGCGUUUUGUCAAUACGGUGGCCAAAACUCUGCGUAUUACUGGUCUGGCCUGAGGAUCGCCUUCCCCAUGUCAAAAGUUGCCAAUAAAUUUGUUGUUUUAUUUUUUCGUUUCCCUUCUAUACUCGUACUCGCAAAAUCCUCGAUUGGGCAUCGAAAGCAAAGCCGCACACUAAUAUUCAAUCAAACAAUUUUACGCCCCAAUAAACUUUUCUAACCUGCGGCGGCCCCAACAAGACUGCAACAAAUCAAAUAAAACAA